AUGACUGAACUGUGGUAUGAACAGCCUGCGGCGAACUGGGACGAAGCUCUACCAGUUGGCAAUGGACGCCUCGGUGCUAUGGUUUACGGCCGCACUGACACGGAACUACUUCAGCUGAAUGAGGACUCCGUGUGGUAUGGAGGUCCACAGGAUCGCACACCACAAGACGCCCUAGAAUACCUGCCUCGUCUUCGAGGGGCGAUUCGUGCCGGAAAUCAUAAAGAAGCCGAAGAGCUCGCUACUCUUGCAUUGUUUGCAAAUCCAAUCAGCCAACGAAAUUACGAGCCUCUGGGUACUUUCUUCUUAGAUUUUGGCCAUGACACCGCUGAGGUCAAGAAUUAUAAGCGAUCUUUGGAUAUUAAAGAUGCCACAGCUCGUGUCGCUUACGAUUAUUACAACGUUCAUUAUGAAAGAGAAGUGAUAGCCAGCUAUCCCGACGGGGUUAUCGCGAUCAGGAUCCAGUCUUCGUCAAAAGCUCAAUUUAACUUGCGAUUGACGCGUAUGAGCGAGCUGGAAUUCGAGACAAAUGAAUAUCUUGAUGAUCUUUGUGCUACAGAAAAUUCUAUCACGAUGCAUGUUACUCCAGGAGGUCGAGAUAGCAAUGGGGCAUGCUGCAAAAUCCGGGUACGAUGCGAAGACGAUGGAACAGUCAGGAAGGUUGGAAAUAACCUGAUGGUUAACUCAUCUGAUGCUAUUCUGCUUAUCGCAGCCGAGACGACGUUCCGCUUUGAGAAUCCUAACGAACAGACAUCUCGUGAACUUGACCAGGCUCUCCGUCAAUCUCCUGAGCAGCUCUGGAUAAAACACAAAAUGGACUAUCACGCACUUUAUCGGAAAAUGGAACUUCGACUCGAGCCUGAAAAUCGCGAGAUGCCUACCGACAAACGACUCAAGUACUCCAGAGACCCAGGUCUAAUUGCUCUCUAUCAUAACUAUGGCCGCUACCUCCUAAUAUCUUGCAGCCGCGAAGGAUACAAGGCCCUCCCGGCAAAUUUGCAAGGAAUCUGGAAUCCUUCAUUCCAUCCAGCCUGGGGCGGCAAGUUCACAAUAAACGUCAAUCUCCAAAUGAACUAUUGGCCUGCAAAUGUCUGCAAUCUUUCAGAAUGUGAGAUGCCACUUUUUGAACUUUUACAGCGCAUGGCGAAAUCUGGCGAGAAUACGGCACGGGUUAUGUAUGGAUGUCGGGGAUGGGCGGCGCAUUCAUGUACAGAUAUAUGGGCAGAUACUGCUCCGGUUGAUCGAUGGAUGCCAGCAACUAUCUGGCCACUCGGAGGCGCGUGGCUUUGUUACCAUAUCUGGGAGCACUAUUACUUCGUGGGUGACUUGCAGUUCCUCCAGCGCAUGUUCCCCAUCUUAGAGGGAUGUGUUGAAUUCCUACUUGACUUUUUGGUGGAGGAUAAAUUUGGUCAAUAUCUUGUCACCAAUCCCUCGGUAUCUCCGGAAAACUCAUAUCUGGAUUCUCACGGUGAAAAGGGUGUCCUGUGCGAAGGAUCGACAAUUGAUAUCCAGAUUAUCGAUGCGAUCCUGAAUGUCUUUGAAUCUGCUAUUCAGAAAUUGAAUAUUACUCAUCCUCUGUCGGAACGAGUCAAAGCUACACAGGCUCGACUACCCCCGAUGAAGAUCAGUGAUGUUGGUUACCUCCAAGAAUGGGCUCUUGACUACGCCGAGGUCGAACCUGGCCACCGCCAUACCUCUCAUCUUUGGGCUUUAUACCCGGGGAAUACCAUUACCCCAGCAAAAAACUCGGCUCUGGCGACAGCCUGUGGUAUGGUUCUACGACGUCGUGCUCAAAAUGGUGGUGGUCAUACCGGCUGGAGUCGUGCGUGGCUCAUCAACCUACAUGCUCGAUUAUUAGAGACGCACGAGUGCAAGGAACACUUGGAUCAACUGUUGGCUGAAUCAACUCUACCAAACUUACUUGAUAGCCACCCGCCAUUCCAGAUCGAUGGCAAUUUUGGUGGCGGCGCAGGUAUUGUUGAAAUGCUGGUACAAUCCCACGAACCCGGUAUAAUCCGUCUUCUACCUGCAUGUCCAGAGGGAUGGAAAGGUGUGAUUCGGGGAGUACGUGCCCGGGGUGGGUUUGAAUUGGAUUUUAGUUGGGAAAAUGGGCGUGUCGUAGGCGAUGUCCGGAUUACUUCUUUUCCAGGAGAGAAGAUUAUUAUCUAUUUCCCUGGUGAAAAUGGAUCACAAGUAGAAAUCGACGGACCUGGUGUUCAUGUAAUUAGGGCUCCAUAG